GCCCUUGAAAGAACUCAACAUUGUCCUUGUUUCCAUGCUUGGGGGUCCCACAGGCCUGUAAGAGGGGUUCCUGUUUGAUUUCAGGAGCAGCAGGUGCGGAGGCUCUGGGGUGAGAGUGGUAAGAUUCGAGGCCAAAGCGGCGGGUGAAGGCCAGGCUGCACUGGGCUUAGGAGGCCACAAAGGUGGGCUCUCCUGAUGUCAGGCGGGGUCAGGAAAGGCGGCGGGCUGCCCAAGACAGCAGCCACUGCUUUUGCUUCUGUUUGGAAGAUGGGCGGCUGCGGGAGCCUGGCUGUUCCAGGUCACACUUCUCUCCCUGUCCCAGCCCCAUCUGCCUGGCGUCCUUCCUUGGGGCCCUUGAUGGCACCUGAGCCCCUCCUCCCCCUCCCCAGAACCUUUGGUAGUGGUGCCCUCCCUCGGGGACCAACAAUCUCAUUAGCGUGGCACUGAGACACCUAAUCAGCUCACGGAGCAGCAAGAUAAAUGCCCGGGCUGGCGUGCUGCGGAGGAAGGCCCAGCACUCACACCGUGGCCCUCUGAGACCCGCCCUGCACUUGACCGCAGCAGGAGAGUCCAGGAGCCAAGGUUGCCGCAGCAUCUCCGUCAGCCUCGCCAUGAACCUGGAGCCGCCCAAGGCUGAGUUCCGGUCGGCCACCAGGGUGGUCGGGGGACCUGUCACCCCCAGGAAAGGGCCCCCCAAAUUUAAGCAGCGACAAACCAGGCAGUUCAAGAGCAAGCCCCCCAAGAAAGGCGUCCAAGGGUUUGGGGACGACAUCCCUGGAAUGGAAGGCCUGGGAACAGACAUCACGGUCAUCUGCCCUUGGGAGGCCUUCAACCACCUGGAGCUCCACGAGCUGGCCCAAUAUGGCAUCAUCUAGAUGAGGGUCCCAGGUCCCCCCCACCGCUGCCUGCUGUGCUCCGAACCCUGCUCGGGAUUCCUGUUGAGACCCCUCACUAGCCCAGAUGGCACCUGGACACCGGGGUGGGGCUGCGACCUCAGGUCCCCCUACAUAUUAAUACCAGUCAGCAGUAGCCCACCACCUCCUUCCAGGACGCCCGCUCAGUGGUUAGCAUCCCAAGACACUGGCCCCCUCUCAGUCCUGACAGAAAGGGUUGGCGAGUCUCUGCUCCUAGGGAGAAGGGGAGGUGGCCCCAACCCAGGAGCCUGCUGGACCCCAGAUCAUCCCUUCCUCACAGCUGGAAAGCUAGGGCAGGUUCUCCCCAGAGUGCUCCCAUACCCCAGCCUCCUCUCCUGUCUGUCUGGGGUGCAGAGAAGCUCCCCCUCUCUGGAACCCUUCCCAGGUGGGUGCCCUUGGUUUGGACAUGCUAUGUAGCAGGAGUCCAGGGUGUGUCUGGUGAGCAGAUGAGGCCCCAGGCUCAUCACACCAGGAGGCCAUCCUUCUCAACACAGCCCACCCUUGCAGUCCCUAUUUCAAAAUAAAAUUAGUGUGCCCU